AUGGUGCAUUAUUUUGAUGUGAGACGUCCUUUAGGAUCUAGUUCUCAAGCUAAUGGAGAUACACAUACUCCACAUGUUGUUGUAAAACAAGUAGCUUUGAUGGCAAAAGCAAGUGCACAUUCCUUAAGAUCUUUUAACCGAGAAAAAUGUAUAUUUGAGUUGAUAACUCAAAGAGGUCGAAAUGUGCAAGUAGUUAAUUUGGAACAAAAAACUUGCACAUGUGGUAAAUGGGAGACAUUUAAAUAUCCUUGUUCUCAUGUCUUGAGUGCAUGUGUCAAACUCUCUUUGAAUAGUUGGCAAUAUGUUGAUAAAUGUUACUCGAUUGAAUACUAUUGUGCUACUUGGGCAUCUGAGUUCUCCCCGCUUCCUCAUGAAGCGUAUUGGCCACAAUCACCAUUUAAUGAAUUACUUCCAAAUUUAGAACUAUUACGAAAUAAAAAAGGUCGUCCUCGUUCAACAAGACUAAAAAAUGGUAUGGAUAUUAAAGAAGGAAGAAAUGUCAAUCUUUGUGGAAUUUGUAGGCAACCGGGACAUAAUCGAAAACGAUGUCCGUCUAUGCCAAGGUAA